UCGGCUUUCCCGCGUGUUGCUGACUUUCUGUUGCUUGACGAUGAGGAGCUGCUGCUCGGCAAAGGCCUUCUUCUGCCCGAUUUCUUGAAGAAUCUGACACCACGCACAUGGUUAGCAUUUCUCUUUGCUCGAAGCGGAACGAAAAGUCAACCUUCGCCUGGAGGAAAUUGCAUGGCAAAGGGAGCAACACACUUUUUGAAGGGCUUCGUUAGGUAUCGACAUGACGGGCGUUUGAAUGCUGGUGGAUCUAUUCGUGAACGGAGUCGCCAAGUGUGUCUUGAUGGAGCGUGUCUAUAAUUGUACGAGGGAGAAACACAGACUUUGUCGGCUACAUAGCUUAGGCCUGCCAGCAGGGGAGUGACUCGAGUGCACGAGCCUCCGUAUCGACUAAACCGUAUUUGCUUGCGUAGCGCAAUAGGCUCAUUGCAGUGAGCUGAUUGGCUGGCUGAACUAUGAGAUGAAUACUCCUCCAACAUGCAAAUGCCUGGAAACUAUGAAUUCUAUCGAUCCCCAUGUUACUCACGCAUUCGAUAGGCUGGCAACAGAAAGUCGGAUUUCUGAUGGGCGCGAGUAAGAGCUUGGGGGUAUAUCUGGUGUUGUACGUAGCUUCAAAAAACUGUGUAGGUAAGCAAGUGAUGACGAAUGCGGUAACUAACGUGUACAUAGACAUGGAAGGCUCGGGCACUACUACGUCAACAAACACCCAUAGACAUUCACUGAACAGAAUCGCUUGGUUGCUCUCUUCGUACUCUACCGUCACCUCCGUCUUUGACACUAUCGGCUCGAGCUGUGUCGAGUCCACUCAUUCACUCUCCACGCCAGUUAUCUGUGCCGAUCCAGAUCAAGCAUCCGCGCAUCCGGGCCCAUUUCUCUGUGCCUCCAUCGAGCUUUCCUGCGCCAAUAGAGUCACAAUGGCUUCUGGGUUGCUUUCACAUUUGCCUUCCGUUCCAUACCCUCCUUCUCAAGCAGGACGAUGGUCACCUGUGACCUCGACCAUCAAUUGGUGCGAAGAGGAUUAUUAUGCGACGGUGUAUUCGGCUGAAGUCGUCAACACACUGACCAAUCUGCUAUUCAUGUACCUUGCUGCGAAAGGCAUCUACAGUUGCGUCAAAGACGAGCACGAUAAAGUGUUUAUAGUAGCAUACAUAGGAUAUUUAUUAACUGGUACCGGAUCUUUCUUCUUCCAUUCGACGCUCAAAUACCCCAUGCAACUCAUUGAUGAGCUCUCCAUGAUCUACACGACUUGUCUCAUGAACUACGCCACCUUCUCAUUCUCUCGAACCCCCCGCUUCCGCCUCGCCCUUGCCUCGGGCCUAACCUUUUUGGCUCUCUUCAUCACCCUUUACUACCAUUAUCUUCAAGACCCUACGUUUCACCAGAUCACCUACGCGAUUCUUACUAUCAUUGUCUUCUUCCGUGCUGUCUGGGUCAUGGAAGUCAAUAUGCGGCCUAGGUUCAGGAGAAACCGGAAGAGCGAGGACAGUAGCAGUUUGCGGUCGAACAGCGUGAGAGUGGGUGCCGAGAAAGCGGAGUUGGAGAGGGAGGAUGAAAGGGAUCGAGCUAUCUUACGGCAGAUGUGGACCAUGAUCGCCUGGGGGCUGAGUAUUUUCCUGGGCGGUUUCCUGCUCUGGCACCUGGACCGUGAGCACUGCCAUACGCUUCGGAAUUGGCGGCGCCAGAUUGGUAUGCCAUGGGGUUUCUUUCUGGAGCUUCACGGGUGGUGGCACAUCAUGACAGGCACUGGAGGGUACUUUUACAUCGUAUGGUGUACGUGGCUGAGACACUGUCUGAAUUACAGGCAGGACGACUACGAAUUGAUCUGGCCGCGUUGGCUUUCCAUGCCUGUCGUAUCACGGCAAUGUCGAAGCAGAGGCACAGACGAUCAUGGUAUGCACAAGUCGAAGAAACAGAUAUGA